UCCUAAUGUCAGCUCAUGCAUGAUGGUGUCUUACAACUUUGGUUCUCAUGAGUGGCCUGUAAAUCAGGUGAAUUGACUUGAGGAAAAUCCUGCUUAUUUUGAAGAUGUUGCAGCUCAGUAUUAUUUCGUGUUUAAGUCACAAUUAAUUUCACAAGUUUUAAGAGCAAACAAAACUGGAUUUAAAAAAAAAUUAAAUCAUGCCACUUGAACAGACACAGCUAUUUUGUGAUGAAAAACAAACUAUUUUGAAAGAAUCUGAUAUAAAAAGUGAGAUAGCAGAUACUAUUGGAUCAGUACCUACACCAAAAGUUUCAGAAACUGAUUUUCAUUAUGAACUUAAAAAUGUGAACAUUAGUUUGCCCAAGAUAAAUAUUCCAAAUGAGAUCUUUACGAAACAUGAAGUUGAAAAAUACAGAAUAUUAUUUCAGAGUAAACCACAGACUGCACGGAAAUCUAUCCGUUUAAAGACUGUAAGCCGUGCCAAGGAAUGUGUACUGCUUUGUAAACCUGAGCGAGCUGAAGACGAGAAUGUAAAUAUGUCUGCAAAAAUACUCAACUUCCGUUGUUUAAAAUGCCAAGACAGUACUCAAUAUAGUCCAAAUGAUUUGCAGAAACACUUUGAAAUGCGGCAUCAUGGUGAGCUACCUUCAUUUCCUUGUGAAAUGUGCAGUUUUUCAGCAAAUGACUUCCAGAUAUUUAAACAACACCGAAAAACCCAUAGGAACACUUUUGUAAAAUGUGAUAUUUGUAAUAGUGACCGUUCAUAUACUUUAUUGGACUUGACAAAACACUUCACAUCUAAACAUUGUGUUAAUGGCAAUUUUCAGUGCGAAGAGUGUAGAUUCUUUACCCAGGAUGUUGGCACAUUUGUUCAGCACAUUCAUAGACAUAAAGAAAUGCAUUAUAAGUGUGGAAAAUGCUUUCACCUGUGUUUUACCAAGGGAGAGCUUCAGAAGCACCUUCGUGUCCACUCUGGCACUCUUCCCUUCACUUGUCACUACUGUAGCUAUGGUGCCGUUCAUAAAGACCAACUUGUCAGACAUGUCAUAACUUUGCAUAAAGAGCACUUAUAUGCGAAAGAAAAGCUGGAAAAAGACCAAUAUGAUAAAAGAAUGGCAAAGACUACAACAGGACUUAAGCUAAUACUUAAAAGAUACAAAAUAGGUCCAACAAAGACAUUUUGGAAACGUAAGACAGUUACCAAUGGAAAUGAUGAAAGUAUAGGGAAAAAUGCUCAAGUGUUUAAUAUAGUGAGCAAAACACAGACUAAAUCUGAAGACCAGAGUCAAGAGCAAUUAAAUGAAGACAAGGAUGAGAGGCUGCACUGUGAGAAUGGUGAUAAGCCCAUAGAGUCAGAGUCAGAGAAGUCUACUCUGCUUUCCGUUGGGCAAUACAGGAAAGUUGACGAGGGAACAAUUGCUGCUUCCAGUUACGUGAAAAGUGGUGUACAAGGGCCGACGGUCUUACUGGUGAGAAAUAAUAAGAUAACAAUUCCUGCUAACUGCAGCGCUAAGUUUAUGGGCUUCAAGGUGGUAGAUGGAAGGCAGCAUAUUGUAAUAAAAUUGUUGCCUAACAGUAAACAGAAUUUACCUUCACCAGCCUCACAACCAGGCACAGAAAAGGACAGUACAGGUAAUUUGCAACCCCAGGCUUUGGCCAACACUGGAUUUGCAACUGAGGUGAGUGACACAGAUUUUUUGAAAGCAGCUCCACUUUCAUGUUCGUCUCCUGUGCUUUCCAGGAAAGUAACUUCUGAAAAAGAGACAGCUUUCAUGUCUGAAAAGAAUAAUAUACUUGAGACAGUGGAUGACAGUAAAAGCUUAUCUUCUUUGCCAACAACAUCAGAGUCAGUUACUGCAUCAGUGAGUUUGACUACAAAAAUUGAAGCAAGAGACAGUGUUGACUUGUGGGAAAAUCAGACCACUCAGAGUCAUCCAGAUGCAUCAGACACCACCAUUAAAAGUCCAGAUAAAGUCAACCUUACCACUAAGCCAAAUGCAUAUAGUUGUGGAGAUAUGCAUAAUUAUUGCAUUAAUUAUGUCAACUCUAAGAUACCUGCUGAAUCCAACUAUUUUGACUUCUCCAACCAAGGAUCAUUACCUUUUCAUAAUUACUCAAAGGUGAAUACUAAUCAUUAUAGGUUUUCAAGAACAACAACGUUCGAAAACCUUCAGAGGGAGACUUUGAACAAAACAGCUACUCAACAAUUGUCUUGUGAUAGUAAUAUGGAUUCACCACUGAGGAAGGAGAGCUCCAACUCAGAUAGCCUGUUAGGACCUGUCAUCCCUUUAAAUGGUAAAGAUGGAACUUUAAAAAUAAAAACUGAAAUAGAAGAACCAUGUAAUUUAGAAGAAACCCAAAACUCUGAUGAAGGAAAUCUCUUCACUAAUGCAAACCAAAGUGUGCUGAGUGUGACUGACGAGCCUAAGUGGGAUGGCGGCGCUAGCUCCCCUAUGAUGCCUAGAAUCACGUCUGUUUUCUCCCUCCAGAGCCAGCAGGCUUCAGAAUUUUUGCCACCUGAAGUAAAGCAGUUACUUCAAGAUACAUUAAAGCCAAAAUCUGAUAUAAAGGAAGACUCGAACAACAUUCCCAGUGAAAGCCUUCCACUCAGUUGUGACCAAACACUUAGAAAAGCAGAGGAAGAAGAAAUGAUAGUAGAAUCUUCAAAAGACUUCCAAACGCAAGACAUUUUCCCAGUUCCAUCUGCCAGUGUAGGUGUUAGUGUGCCUGCAAAUGAUCUGAAUUUAAAAUGUAAUGGACAGGAAAAACAAGUGCUGUCAGUAUUACAAGAUGUGAGAGAUUCAGAAGUGACUGGUAAAAUUCCAAAUAUCAUCACGUUACUUAAAACUCAGUCGGAUGCGAUAAUAACGCAGCAGCUUGUGAAAGACAAACUCCGAACUACAACACAAAAUUCAGGUCCUGUGUAUGUUCAGAAUCCAUUUCUAACCUCAGAACAGAAAAAUCCCGUAUUUAUUCAAACUCCAAAAGGUUUUAUUAUACCACUGCAUGUUGCUAACAAACCUGGAAUCCGUGUUUUCUCUGGAAGAUCACUUCCAUUGGUUAAUACACAGAGUGUACCUGCUUCUCUCCUUGUCAACAAGAGACCCGGGAUGGUUUUGGCAUUUAAUAAUGGGAAACCUGAAGGUGUUCGCACUGUCAAAACUGAGAAUGUGCAUAGUAACAGAACUGUGACUAAGGAACCUUGCAGAACGCCUCUUCUGAAGGCGGAGCACAACAAUGGCUGCCUAACACCUGCGCUUUGUUCCAGUAUUGGCAGUUGUGUGAACAUGAGAACUUGCUCAGAGAAUGCAUUACCAUUGAAAGGCCCUUACAUUAUUAAAACCUCAGUUCGUUCUUCAGUGAGAGCUGUUCCUUUUCCAAACGUUCUGCCUGAGCAGCAGGGCCCUAAGAUAAAUGGCUUGGACACAGUAAAGCAGCAGAAUGAAAGCUCCCCAAAAGCAUCUCUGUACACCCUCAUGCCUGGUGGUAAACAAGCUGUGUUUCUUAAGUGCAUGAUGCCAAAUAACACUGAACCGCUUAAGCCUAACUUAGUCCAAAAUCAUACUUACCAACAUAUUCAACCAAAGAAACCUGAAAGAGCGCCACAAAAAAUACUGGUAAAAAUUUUAAAUCCUGUUUUAAGUGUGAGUGCUGCUAAUAAUCUUUCAGUGAGCAACUCUGCAUCCUCUUUUCACAAAGAGAUUGUACCAUCCAAACCACCUAUACUUGGAGAGCAGAAAGAGCCGGAAUCUUCUAGAGAUGCCUUACCAGUUUUAGAUGAUAGGAUCCCAGCAAGUGAAAUUGCUCUUUCUUCUACUGCAGCAUGCCCAGAAUCUUCUGAGGAACCAGUAUAUAUCAGUGACCAUUCAGAGACAACAGUGUUAAGAUGUAAAGCUAAUUGUACAAUUGAGAGAAACUUCAAUAAGAGAAAGACAUGCAAAAAUAAGUUUGCAAAAAUUAAAACUCGUAUAAGUCAAGGUUCUGAAACUGCCCUUGUAUCUAGAAACAGAAGCUGUAAACGAAAGUACAUUGAUAAUUACCAAGAACCUCCAAGGAAGAAGUCAACAUUGCUUAGGAAGUGUAAAGAAAGGGCUAAUGCUGAAGAUGUCCAGGAAACACUUGGAUUUUAUAGACCUAGGCUUUCAAAGAAUUCAGGUAGAACUUUGAGACUUUUCCCUUUUAAUUCCAAACAGCUUGUGAAAUGUCCUAGGAGAAACCAACCAGUUGUGGUUUUGAAUCAUCCUGAUGCAGAUGCCCCAGAAGUAGAACGUGUUAUGAAAACUAUUGCAAAGUUCAAUGGACGUGUAUUGAAGGUUUCGUUGUCACAAGCAACUAUUAAUGCUUUACUGAAACCAGUUUAUUCUGACAUUUCUGAAACAACUUACAAUGACUUUUCCAAGAGACACAAAAUGCUUAAACCUGUUAAUUCUGUAAAAGAAAGAUUUGUGCUAAAACUAACACUCAAAAAGACAAGCAAAAAUAAUUACCAGAUUGUAAAAACUACCUCUGAAGAUAUCUUGAAAGCUAAAUUUAACUGCUGGUUCUGUGGUAGAAUUUUUGACAAUCAGGAUGUGUGGGCUGGCCACGGGCAGAGGCAUUUAGUGGAAGCUACUCGGGAUUGGAAUAUGUUAGAAUAACUAACUGUGAUUACCAAGGAAAAAGGUAAGAUAGAAGGAAAAACUGGGCUAAGUUAACAUAAUUCAGUCAUUUUCUACACCAGUAUAGUUUUUGAGCAUUUCUAAGAGUUGGUUGCGUUUCUGUGGAAGAACAAAAGUUUUAUGUGUGGCACUUGAAAAUGCCACAGUUACACAUGCUUUGAAAGAAAGUAGCAGCACAGAUAGAUCUUUAUUUCGUUGUUUAAAGAUGCCUCUAUUCAAAGGUAGGGCUAAGGAAAUUUUUGACAGAAGUUUUCCCAAUUAGAGACUGAGUAGAGGGUUAUGGUGGAGAACCCCAUUACCUUUCUUCUCCCACAGCCUUACAGAUCUGACAAAUAGUUUCUUUGGAGGUGGAGAACACUUUCACACAUGAGUUUCUUAUCACUUGUGAAGAAAGACUGAGUUUGGAUAGUUACUUUCUGUUACAGUUCAUUUGAAAGGUAUUGAGUUCCUUUGAAGCUGCAUCUUACUGGACUGUAGUUAAGCUUGAAAUAAUGCUUGAAGAGUUUUGGGCAAGUAAAUCCUGUUGCUGUUACUCUGUCCUGUUUCAGAUUGGAAUACCUUUCCAAGAUGAUUGUCUCUUCCUGUGGCUGUCUCGAUCACUGCAGGAAAUGGGGCAGCCUCCAGAGGAGAAAUAAACUUUUUCUAAAAUCCACUUGAACUUCAACAUCUUCCUGAAUUUGCUUCUAUUUUCCAGUGAUCCCCUUGCACAGAACUAUGCUUAUCUGAUUGGAAGUAUCCAUAACCAAAUGGCUUUUUUCCCUCCCUUGCUUGGUAUCCCUUUAAAAUGAACAGAAAGAACGUAGAAAUAUUAAAAGGGAAUGGCCUUUCUUGAAAACUAAAACAAUUUAUUUUUACAGAGAUAAUAUUUUAAAGCAAGGUUAGCAAAGCAGAUUAUAUUUUUCCUUGUGUUUAGUUACUGUUCUUACCUAAACAUGUCUACAGUAGGAUAGACCAUUUUCAUUAGUAACUUUUCAGGAUGACCAACAAUCCAAAAUAGUGUUAAACUUUGGCAUAUGAAAAUAGAGAAGCAAGCAUUAAUGAUGGACUCAGUAGCAGUUCAUAAAACUUUAAGAAAUAUUCCUAAGAGAUAUGCCCAACAAUUUCAAAAUGGACAUUUUCAUAACAAUCUAUUGAUUUAACUUUACAUUUGUAUCAUUUUUCCCCUUAUUGGAUAAUGGAGUUACAUUAGAAAAUAAUGAACUAUGUAAUUUUUUGUUUUGUUGUUACUAUACAUGUCAAUGACAUUUUCAUUGAUUGGAUCAAAACUUCAGGGCUUUUUUGUAUAUAACCAAAAUGUACAUAUUUUUGUACUUGAUUAUGUAAAUUUGCACAGAAAGUUUAUGACACAAAAGUUAUUUUCUUUCAGUUCUGUGCAUGCAUUAAUAAGAGAAGACUGUACCCAUGUUAUUUUCUUGGGUUUUAUUUCUGACUUUUUUUUUUGCUGGGGGCAUACAUUUUAUGUUUUUCAGGGAUUAAACACUAUUGUUAGCAAGUGCCUAAAAAUGAUGUGAACAGUUUACACAUGUCAACUGUAACCGUAGGUCCUAAGUGGGCCCAUUCCCCUAAUAGUUUUGAUUUAAACAAAGCCAUAAAUAGAUGCUUCAAGUUACAUUGCUAUGCACAUUGUACUUGUACUGUUUUGUGCAGUUUAUCUACUUUCUUAGCGGAAUAUUUUUUGUAUAAAACCUGUUAUAAUUGUGUUUCUUGAAUUGAGCCUGAGUGGAAUUGAUUGGAAAUACACAGAAUAUAUUAAUAAUGUACAUGAUGUUUAAAGAAUGGAAAACAUUGUUAAUUUCCUUGUUCAUUGUUAAUGAAAGUUUUCUUCAAUUAAACUUAAGCUUAUGUUUACAUGAGUUUGUUUGUUUGUU